AUGAAAGUAACAGACUGCGCAAACAUUAAUUAAAGUGGUAUUCAUUCAGUUGUAACAAGCUUGAAGACUUUUAUAGUUUACGCAAUGUUUUUACCAAAAACUGAAACACCUGUCAUACGCUGCUAUAAAGCCAGGUUUUUCGUUUAAGAACGGACGAGGAGAUCAAUUGAAAACAGUUCAACAAUUAACACUUCUUGUUACGAUGUGGAUACCUUCAAUAUUUUUCUUUCUCUUCGCGUUUCAUUGCAUCUGUCUGUUCUCGAGUGCCAAUUGCAAAGAACAAUUGAUUCGAGAUGGAAAUUCCGAACACUUGAAUCGAAACCUAGAAAACUCGCCAGUCCACAAUCGAGUAAUUACGUUGAAAAAGAAAGUUGCGGCCAACAGUGAAGCGUUUGACAAAUUUCCGGCAUUUCGUUGGAAAUACUUUGGUCAGAAAUCGAUCAAAAAUGUCACACCGAAAAAUCAGCAAGUUCGUAGUCCUCUAAAGAAUAGAAAUGUGAUACAUAAUGAUGAAUCUCGCUUAACUGUUUUUGUACAACCAGAACGCACCGGUUUUCAAGGAAACCAGCAACUUUCCUUUCGAAAAUUGAAUCGGAGAUCGGUGCAAUCGACGCAGACAAAAAAAGAGGAACGAAACACUCACGAAUCCGGAUUCACCAGGCAAGCUUUCAAUCUGAACGGCAAACUUAACCUCGAUCCGCGUAUCUUCAGCUUUCCUCUUUUGUUUUUCAGUUUGGAUGACGGCGAGGAUCAACACUCUGGUAAGCGACAAGCCGAUGCUGAAACUUUCCAAGGAAAAGGAGAACGAACGAAGAAUUAUAAAGUUCAUUUUGAUAAUUUACGUGGUUUUGAUCUGUCAAGCUUGUUGCAACUUAAAAAUGGAUCAUUGGAGAUCGUUGAUCUGCCUAGUCAACUUAUCCGGAAGAUUUUUGACUUCUUCUUUAACAUGAUUAAGCAGAAACCAAAGGGUGAGAUCGAGGAUCAAUUGUUACAUAAUGGGAUAAUAAGCAAAUUAUUCGAAUAUGGGAAAGAUACGUUGGAUAAUAUGAAGGAAAAAAUGUAG